AUGGACGCGCAAAAUCCCGACCCUAUCCCCGAUGUACCGUGUAUCCUUAAUCUUGAAAUUGGGGAAGGGCCAGCUCAAACUAUUGCAAUGGAACUUGAGGAGGACAUUCCUGCCGAACUCGAGUAUUUUGUUCGCCUUACUCACUUUGGCCUCCUCAAGGAGGCCCGAGAAUGGUUUAGCCACUGCUUAAAGCCCUAUAGGAGCUUGUUUCCUGUCUUUUUGGAAUACGCAGAUAUGCUCUACCACGAAGGCUCAUACGAGGAGCUCCGAACCCUUCACACUGCCACAGAGAGCGCUGACCCUGUGGGGUUGGAAUGGCUUUGCAAUCUACUUAGUAAGCUCGCAGCCUCCCGGGCUCCGCAGGGCCAACCCAAAGACGCUAUCAGAGACGCCCUGUCAACGGCUCUGGAGUGUUGGAAUUACCUGCAUGCUCGACAUGCCCAUUCACCGGGCAUCCCAAAUGCGAUUGAGAUACACAUCAUCGAGGUCUAUUUGAACAUUCUCGUGGCCGCCUAUGAUGCCCAGGUGAUGCACGUUGAGACGCGGUAUUUGAAUCCGCCGUGGUCAAGCUCCAGUGUACCUCCCUGGCAUGGAUUUGAUGCCUGGUAUUUGGACCUGCGUCAACAUGGCCAAUUCUGGGAAGCGCAGAGGAUUUUAGGCCUCCUGCUUCCUGUGCUCCCAAAGGGCGACGACAUGAAUAUCUUCAAGCUACGACAGCAAGUCGUCACCGUGACGAAGCUUGAUGAAGGGUCAUUUGAUGAGUCUCUUGUGCUAUCUGAGUUGAUCUCUGCAGGUCAACUGUGUGAACGUUAUCUAACGUCUUACGCCCAACAACACCUUUCGCCAAGUGCGCAAGACCCGGCCGACCUUAUAAUUGCAGAAGAUUAUUUACAGAUUUCACGUUCUUUGGGUGACAUAUUACUGAAUCUAAGCAAUCUGGAGGGAAAGGAGAAUAGCCCGCAUCUUAAGAAGAUUUACGAAUUGGAGAGGAUAUCCGACGGACUCUCAAUGCCGAGGUCCAUGAAGCACAACCUGGCAAACUAUAAGCGCAUCAUUAUCUGUGCAGAUGGCGCGUGGGUAGCAUCACACCGCGGCAACGACGUCGCUCCCUCAAACGUUGCCAGGAUAGCGCGAGCAAUUGCCGCAGAAGGUCUUGAUAAUGAAGGAAAUGUCGUCAAGCAAAUCGUGUUCUAUCAGCCGGGGGUCGGGAAUGGUGGUCUCUAUCCUUAUCAAAAGGCACUUUUCGGCGGGUUUGGCUGGGGCCUUGAAGACGAGGUGUGUCAGCUCUAUGGCUUUAUCUCAAAUAACUACGACCCCGGUGAUGAGCUGUUCCUGUUCGGAUGGUCCAGUGGUGCCUCUACCGAGUCGCAGUGGUAUGCCACCCAUCAACACAAGCUGGACCUGUGGGAUGUCAGGAUUAAGUGUGUUGGUGUUUGGGAUACUGUCGGGACCUUGGGGUUCCCGGAAGUGGGAACUGUUCGUGUUCUCAAGUCAUUGGGCUUCCCAGUCAACAAGAAUUACGAAUUCCAUAGCACAGAGGUACCACAAGGGAUUGACUACGCAUUCCAAGCUCUCGCGCUGGAUGAGCGGCGAGCAGCCUUCGCUCCAACCCUGUGGCAUGCAAGCCACGAAAGCGGUCCUAAGAACGAGCUCCGGCAGUGCUGGUUCCCUGGUGAUCAUAGUACCAUUGGCGACAAUCUCUCUGGAAUGAUCACCUUUGCGGGUGAUGUGAUCGACGAUCUUGUUGUGGAACAUGAAAAGCUCUGUGGCAUUUACAACGGCUGGGGCUGCGGGGCCGUCGUCGAUAAUCCUGCUGGGCUUGUGAAAGGUCUUGCGUGGGAACUCUUUCUCAAGAAGGAUCGUACACUAGGCGACUAUGAAUACACCGACAGCCUUGGGACUAGCAUGGACAGAGUGUACCGGUCUCAAACUGAGACUUUCCAUCGCAUGGUACGAGUGCGCAAGGAGAAGCUCCCUGGUGGAUACAACCUAGGCUCACUGGAUGGAUUCGAACUCAUGCAGCAAGGCAGGGACGGCGGCAACUGGUACUGGGUAAAGUAUGACAAAGAGAUACCCGAGGAUGAGAUGAACCCUGAUAAGAGCAUGACUGUUUCUUACAGGCAGGAUGGUCUUGUGAACUACAAACACCGGGAGCCUAUGUCGGUGUUGUUGUGCCCAAGUCAUUCUUCGCAACCCUGA